UUUGUGAGAACGAGAGUGAGAGAGAGAUCGCCGGCGGCGAUGGAGAGUUCGCCGGAGAAGAUCUAAAGCUUCGAUCGUGAUCGCGAGAAAUGCAGGAUUUCCAAUCAAUGAUCCCAGGCGCCAGCGCCAGGAUAUUCUCAGCAACAACGGAUCAGCGCCGGCUCCGAGGUUACCCCGGACCACCACCGCCUCCACCGCCGCCGAUCAAGUGCCCUCGUUGCGAUUCCACGAACACCAAGUUCUGCUACUAUAACAACUACAACCUCUCCCAACCCCGCCACUUCUGCAAGUCCUGCCGCCGCUACUGGACCAAAGGCGGCGUUCUCCGCAACGUCCCCGUCGGCGGUGGCUCCCGGAAGAGCUCCUCAUCCAAGCGGUCCUCCUCCAAGGAUCGCCGUCGGUCAUGCCCUUCCCGACCCUCCUCCGACAACCCCCAUCUUUUCCCAAACCCUAACCCUAACCCUAACCCUAAUCCAAACCCUACCCCAGAUCUCAGAUCCACAGCCAGAUCUCAUCACGAGCUUCCCCAGCCUCGUCACCGCAGAUGAGGGGUUCGCUUUCCCGGAUCCAGUCACGGGGAUCGCCGGCGGUGAGAUGAACGGCUUGGAUUGGACGGCGACCGCGUUCGAGUUCACCGGAGCCGUUGAUCAAGGUACUCACUGGAAUCACGUUCAAUGGGGUGAGCUUGAUCAUGAUCAUUCUUCUCAUCCUUCUCUUUUCUUUCCUUAAACUUUUAAUUUUUUA